AUGGAUUUUUCUACAAUAAAUCUGUUUAUUAUUAUUCUUUUUUUUCUAUUCAUUGAUUAUUCAUUAUUUAUUAAUGCGUCUGAUAUACAAUGUUUAACAUGUGACAAUUUCAUUGAUGGACCUGGUUGUGGUGAAUUUACACGACAAAUACCAGUGCGAACAUGUCAAACAUAUUGUUAUUUUGCUAUUAUACAUAAUCGUUCGUUAUCAUCAUCUAUAUAUCAACGCGAAUUUCCAUCAAAUAAAAUCACACGAGCAAUACGUGAUUGUUCACCUUAUGAUGAUAUGUCAAUUGAAGGAAAUUUAUUACUUAAAUCAAAAAUUAGUUCAUUGUCAUCUAUUGAUAUUAUACUGAUAAGACGUUGUAACAGUGAACAAUGUAAUAAUGAUUUUUAUGUAAAACCAGAUGAAUUAAUUUUAAGUAGAAGUUCAUCCUAUCGGCAAAUAUCAUUUCCAUUUUUGUUUUUUCUUUUUGUGAUUAUUUUUUAUUAUUCAACGAGCAUGUUUUGA